UUUACAGAUAUUGACAAUAAAAAUUUGGCAAAUGGAAAUUGACAUUUGAAGGUUUCGAUUCUGAUUAAGAAAAUUAGAAAAUAAUAAAAAUGGCUGGUGCGCUGGCGAGGAUUAUUCAAGGGUCUAAGAGCCAUUUAGGCAUAAUCGGACCUUUGGCUACUAUCAACAAUGGUUCAGUGCGUUUCCAACAGACUGAAAGCACCAAAACGAAAUUUGGACCACUUGCGGACAGUGACAGAAUUUUCACAAAUUUGUAUGGGCGACAUGAUUGGCGACUAAAAGGAGCCUUACGUCGCGGAGACUGGUAUAUGACCAAGGAAAUCAUGCUCAAAGGAACAGAUUGGAUUGUCAAUGAACUCAAAACAUCUGGGCUCCGUGGUCGUGGAGGUGCCGGUUUUCCAACCGGUAUGAAGUGGUCUUUCAUGAACAAACCUUCUGAUGGUAGACCUAAAUACUUAGUAGUAAAUGCUGAUGAAGGAGAGCCAGGUACUUGCAAAGAUAGGGAAAUAAUGCGUCAUGACCCUCACAAGCUAGUCGAGGGUUGUUUGAUUGCUGGAAAGGCUAUGGGCGCUCAAGCGGCCUACAUUUAUAUCAGAGGAGAGUUUUACAAUGAAGCCAGUAAUCUGCAAGUUGCAAUUGCUGAAGCUUACCAAGCGGGUUUGAUUGGUAAAAACGCCUGUGGUUCGGGCUACGACUUUGAUGUUUUCGUCCACCGUGGGGCUGGUGCUUAUAUCUGUGGAGAGGAAACUGCUCUCAUCGAGUCCAUUGAAGGCAAGCAGGGAAAGCCACGACUAAAGCCUCCAUUCCCAGCUGAUGUUGGUCUAUUUGGAUGCCCCACUACUGUCAACAAUGUAGAGACUAUAGCGGUUGCACCCACAAUCUGCCGUCGCGGUGGCAAGUGGUUUGCAUCGUUCGGUCGUCCACGUAACAGCGGUACCAAGCUGUUCAACAUCUCGGGGCACGUGAACACCCCCUGCACCGUGGAGGAGGAGAUGAGCAUCCCCCUCAAGGAGCUAAUAGAGAGACACGCUGGUGGUGUCACGGGGGGAUGGGAUAACUUGCUGGCUAUCAUCCCUGGAGGAUCUUCUACUCCGCUCAUCCCAAAGGAUGUCUGUGAAACAGUUCUUAUGGAUUUUGAUGGUCUGGUUGCUGCUCAAACGUCUCUAGGCACAGCGGCCAUCAUAGUUAUGGAUAAGUCUACUGACAUAGUGAAAGCGAUCGCUCGUCUCAUUAUGUUUUACAAGCACGAGUCAUGUGGACAGUGUACGCCUUGCAGGGAGGGUGUCUCGUGGAUGAAUAAGAUUAUAUACAGAUUCGUCGAUGGCAACGCAUCGCCUAAGGAAAUUGACAUGUUGUGGGAGAUCUCAAAACAAAUUGAAGGGCAUACUAUCUGCGCUUUGGGUGAUGGUGCCGCUUGGCCAGUCCAAGGUCUCAUAAGGCAUUUCCGACCUGAGCUUGAACGUCGUAUGGCAGAGUAUGCCGCACAAAACGGUCCGAGCCAAGCCGAGCGACUCUACUAGUGUUAUAAUACACACAGACCAACGGCUUACCAUCUUAUCCUUGUGUAAUUGACACCUGGAGCUCAAAGUACUACUACUAGUACUAGUAUACUAUACAUACUAUUAACUAAUAAAAUCAAAAUCAAAAAUAACCUGCAUGUUAAAAGUGAAACUACCACCGAUUCGGAAUGUAGAUUCUGCAGAGAUGAAUCGGCAAAAAAUUACGUAGUGACUUUUUCAAAAUAAGUAUUGUUUUAACAUAACAUUGGUAAUAUCUUGCAUGAAAUACUUAGUACUAGUAGUUGCUAAGUAGCUUACGUGUCACCAAAUAGCUUGAAAUUAAUAAAAAAGAAACAGAAGUUGUAGGUUUUUCAUUUUUUUUUUAUUAUGUUGGCAACCCUGUUAAAUAAAUCGGAAUUUUCGACAAAUGAAUGUAAAUAUAAUUUGGCAAUAAUGGAUUUAUUUUCAAAAGGAAUUAAACUUAUGCUCAAGUUAAAAUCAUGUUAAAGUAAAUGUGAUUGUCUCAUUACACUUUUAAUUAUGAAGAGUUCUCAUAUAAAGAUGUUGUAAACAUUGCUUGUUUAAUUAAAGUCAGUAAAUUUUCAAACCAAGUUCGAAUACAGGCCGAAAAUCGCUGUACAUUUACUGUACGAUUUUUUUAAAUAAUUUGAUAAAAAUAACGUCUUAAAAGUUUUACAAACAAUAAAAAAAGCAUUUUUUGUAUUCUCUUUCAUUUUGACUGUUUUAAAUCACACUCGUUAUAUCAGUGACAUUGUAAGAAAACUUUUCUGUAUAUUAAUAAUAUCCAAUUAAGUCAGUAGUGUAAAUAUUUUAAUAAAAGAACACAAUAUA